AUGGAGCACCUGGGGCCGCACCACCUCCACCCGGGCCACGCGGAGCCCAUCAGCUUCGGCAUCGACCAGAUCCUCAACAGCCCGGACCAGGGCGGCUGCAUGGGGCCCGCUUCGCGCCUGCAGGACGGAGAAUACGGCCUGGGCUGCUUGGUCGGAGGCGCCUACGCUUACGGCGGCGGCGGGGGCUCGGCCGGGGGCGCGGGGGCCGGGGGCGCGGGAGCCUACGGCCCCGGGGGCCCGGGCGGGCCCGGCGGCCCGGCGGGUGGCGGAGCCUGCAGCAUGGGCCCGCUGGCCGGCUCCUACAACUCGGCCGCCUGCGCCGCGCGGGGGCCCGCCGGACCCCGAGGUCUCUGCGCCGCAGCCGGACCCCGCGGGGCGCCUGGGCCCGGCGCCCGGCGCCCGCUGCUCCCUCCCCGGCGUCCCCCCCAGGGGAAAAUCGAUGUGCGCCGGCUGCGGCGGGGGUUCUCAGGUCCCGCUGAGAGGGGGAUCAAUGAGGAGCAGAUGGGUGCGCCUGAGAGAGACGCGGCCCCUUCUGCCAGCCCCCGACGGCGGCCCCGCCGCCCCCGUCCUGCGAACCUUGGGCGGCCACAGCCCGAGCCCCCCAGCCCUGCCCGUGCCCACGCUCCGCCCGAGCGCACCUUCCGCACCCCGGGCCUCCCACACGGCUCGCCCCCACUCCGGCUCCCCCUCUGCUCCCGGGAGUCCCUGAGCUCAGCCCCCGGGGAGGCGCGCGGCGAGCGUCUGACUUGUUCCCAACGCAGGCGACAGACAGCGGAGGAGCGUGAGGCCGAGAGGCAGCAGGCGAACCGCAUCCUUUUGCAGCUGCAGCAGGAGGCCUUCCAGAAGAGUCUGGCGCAGCCGCUGCCUGCAGACCCACUGUGCGUGCACAACUCGUCGCUCUUUGCCCUGCAGAACCUGCAGCCGUGGUCUGACGAUUCCACCAAAAUCACCAGCGUCACGUCGGUGGCUUCGGCCUGCGAGUGA